AUGGCACACAGGCUAGUUCCCAGGGGAGGCAUCGACGUGGAGGCGUUGUCCCCUAGGGAUGUCAACGCCCAGCGAAUGCCCAAAACCACAGACGCCAAGGCGAAAGCGGCCGCCCAGCUCAAGGCUGCCAAAGACAAAGAACACCCGCCCCCUCCUCCGCCAGAGGUCGUCGAGCCGAGCAGCACAGAUCGUCCAGAUGGCGCCGUCUACCACAUUGGAAAAUUGCUGGGAAAGGGAGGGUUCGCGAUCUGCUACAGCGGCCAGCUGCUACCAAGCAAGCAAAAGUUCGCUCUCAAGAUUGUCAAGAGCCAAAUGCCCUCCAAAAUGGAGCAAAAGUUUCAAACCGAGUUGCAAAUCCAUUCCAAGAUGCGCCACAGGAACAUUGUUCAAUUCUUCAGGGCAUUCUCAUACGUCAACUGCACUUUCCUGGCGCUCGAGCUUUGCCCCAACGGCUCUCUCAUGGACAUGGUGAAGCGUCGAAAGGGCCUCACCGAGCCCGAGGUCCGAUUCUAUGCCGUUCAGAUAUCCGGCGCUAUCAAGUAUAUGCACAGCAAGGGCAUUAUUCAUCGAGAUUUGAAAAUGGGCAACAUCUUUCUGGAUCACCAGAUGAAUGCCAAGAUUGGCGACUUCGGCCUUGCUGCGUUGGUAGUCACUGGCAGGGACAUGCAAACCAUCCGACGAACCACUCUAUGUGGCACACCGAAUUACAUUGCUCCUGAGAUCCUUGAGAAGGGAAAGAAAGGCCAUGACCACAUGGUUGAUAUUUGGAGCUUGGGCAUCAUCAUGUUUGCCAUGUUCACCUCGAAACCGCCUUUCCAGUCUUCGACAACAGACGAAAUCUAUCGCCGUGCCAGGGAGCGAGAUUACGAAUGGCCAAGUGCAGAGGUAUCCCAGAAAUACAUUAGCCAGGAGGCUAAAGACCUGGUGGCCACGAUGCUUGAGGAUGCAGACCAGCGGCCUGACCCCGACGCCAUUGUCCAGCAUCCGUUUUUUACUACGGGCUACAUGCCAGCAUCCGUAGAGAUCACUUCCAAGCUGCGAGAAGUGCCUCCUGACCCGGAUGAGUACUAUGCCUCGCGUCUGAGCAGCUCUACGCUAGCCCAGUCUCACCGUAACCUCAAGGAGCAAUGCCGGGAAUGCAAUGUUGGACCCUGGAGCUCAGAAAAGCCUUCACACACUCAGAUCUGGAAAGAGAUGGCUGCCGAGGAAAAGGCAGGCCUGACACCCAUCAUCCCUCUCGCGGACGGCGUAGUUUAUCGACCAUUUGAUGACUGGCUCAGAGAGCAACAGCAGAUCCGCGCAAGGCAUGCAGCAUCCGUCUCUGCACGCUCAAUGGUCAUGGAGGGACAGGAAAAUGCCAUCGCCGGCUCAGAAAGGAUGCCUCCUCCCACAGGCCUUCUACGGCAGCCCCCUCAGAGUUUCGCGGCUCAACAGCGAUCUCAAGGCCGACCUCUCGCCCCUUCUACCUCUACAAGGACUCGAACCGCUCCCGAGGUCCUCACUGCCUCACAAAGUACCAAAAUCCGACCCCGUCCAGACCGACCAGAUUCCGCCACUCGAAGGCCGUCACCUCCGUCGAAAGAGGCCCCCGAGCCUGCUACCACUGCCAGAACUAUGCGCGUAUCAGCAAGAGCUCAGCUCUCAGCAGCUCGGUCUGCACCGAAUUUACAUGAAAGGGCAGCGCAAGGCUCGUCCGCAAAUGUACCAUUGCACAAAAGACGAAACUCGGAAUCCAUUCGAUCAGCCACUUUGUUUAGCCCCGCCGAGUCGCCUACGGAAAUGCCAGGGUCAAAGCCCGAUGAUAUCCUCGACCGACUGCGCGAACUCCAGACGGAGCUUGAGCGAGCUCUCAACGCCCGUACCAUGGCCAUCAUCUCUUCAAAGACCGCGCCGCCACCACAUCCUCAUAUUGUGGUCAAGUGGGUUGAUUACACGAACAAAUUUGGUCUCGGUUACAUUUUGAACGACGGCAGCGUCGGAUGCAUCCUUCGUGAUAUUCCUACCACUGAAGGUAGCAAAACCGCCUUACUCCCUCCAGCAGGUGUCUUCAUUCGUAGCGCAGAGAAACAUAUCAUUCGACGACAAGAUGACUCCUACAUAGACCGCCAUCAGCCGGUACCAAUGACAGAGCCCAUCAAGUUCUUCGAGAACAAUGGCGAGGCUGGCCUUUCUCAGGUUACAAUCUCUCCCGACCAGUUUCGAGUGACCAUAAACGAGGAUGGUACAGCCGGCAAGAUGGCUCCUGGCAAGGACGUCUUUCAACACCGAAAGCGAGAAAGAAUCAUCCUGUGGAAGAAAUUUGCCAAUUAUAUGAUUGCUUAUGGCCGGGAUGACGUUCUGGCCGAAGAGGACGAGGCAGAUAGCACCUUGUCUCCCGGGCAAAAGGGAACGCCUGCAGAGCUAGUAACUUUCUACCAGCGAUUCGGAGAUGUUGGCUGCUGGGUGUUUGGUGACGGACACCUUCAGUUCAACUUCCCUGAUCAUACCAAGAUUGUCCUAGACGCAACAGGAAGUUGGUGUCACUUCUGGCAUCUACCUCAGGAGGCGGCAGAGAGGCUCGCCAGUACAGGCUCAAUUGGUGCCACCGCGCUGGACGACCGUGCCACGCUGUCGUAUCCCCUACAGACUUUGCUCAACUUCCAGGCGAGAUCAUCUUCGCGAACUGCGACUACGGCAUCGAGGAGGCGGCCUGAGAUCGAACCGGAGAUUCAAGGCAUCCCGGCAGCGAACGACUUUCGCCGAAAGGUCGAGUUUAUCAGAGACGUUGUUAAGGAGUGGGCUACCAACGGUGGUCUCGGCAACAGCUCCAUGGAGAGGGAAUCACGUCUGAGAUGGACCGGAUACCGAGAGACGGUCCAUGCAACCGCUCCCCAAAAGCACGUCUGGGUCACCAUUGGCGCUCGAUGGGGCGACCAGCGCAUAUCGACAUUCGUCGACCCAUGCAAACCUUGGGAGCUGGGCGAGGAGGUGGAGAAUUCAAAGAAAUGA